GUGCGUCGCUCCCGUGUAGGCCCACGUGAAAUAGUUUGGUCUUGCGGGUUAUCAUUCAGUGUAAACAAUGGCAGCCUUCAAGAAGACACUCACACGUGCCUACAGCAAGUCCACCGCGGUCACCACACCUGACACAAGCUACUGGAAGAAGCUAGAGUUCCCAGUCACCGUAAAGGAGUUUACUGCUAUUAAUUAUGUUGAUGUGAGCCCAGUAGACCCUCACUAUAUUGCUGUUACAUCUGGUCCAAAGAUUGAUGUUUACCACAAGGAGGCAACACAAGUGUGGCGAACUAUUACAAGAUUUCAGCGGAUAGCCUACGGUGGAAAGUUUAAGCACGAUGGCCAGCUUCUCUUGGCUGGUUCAGAAGAGGGCCAAGUUAAACUAUUCAAUUAUAAACAAAAACAGCUUCUUAGAAUAUUUAAAGGACAUCAUGGUCCCACUCACCGUGUUGACUUCAUCCAGAGUUCGCCACAGAUUGUUACCUUCUCAGAUGACAAGACCGCCAUUCUAUGGGAUAUGAGUGAUGAGAGCCAAAUUUGCACUUUAACAGGACAUACGGAUUUUGUGCGUGCUGGAAUUGCAAGUCCAGCAUCGGAAAACAUAAUUCUCAGUGGCUCAUAUGACCAUACAGUAAAGCUGUGGGACACGCGUACAGCAAGCUGCGUCCUCACUGUCGACCAUGGGGCUCCAGUUGAGAGCCUUGUAUGUUUUCCAUCAGGCGGAGUUUUUGUUUCGGCAGGUGGUUGUGAGGUUAAAGUAUGGGAUGCCAUUGCAGGGCAAUUAUUAGCUAAACUAUCGCAGCAUCACAAGACUGUCACCUGCCUUGCUUUUGCCAGUGAUAAGAAGAGACUUUUGUCUGGCUCUCUUGACCGUCAUGUCAAGAUCUAUGAUGUUGAAACUUACUCUGUUGUUCACACACUUGACUACCCUGCACCAGUUCUCAGCAUGGCAGUUGCUCCUGGAGAUUCUACACUAGCUGUUGGAAUGAUUUCUGCAGGGUGUGGGCUAAUGUCUUUCCAGCAUCGUCGGGAUGCAGAAACAAGUGCUCCUGUGCUAUCCAAGCGAAAAGCUUCAAAUAUUAGAAAUGUUGCAUCUGAAGAUUUCGUAAUAAUGGCUGAUGAUCAGGUUGUAACACACACAAGGCGAGAAGUAAUGGCCAAAUAUGAUAGAAUGUUGUGCAAGUUUGAAUACAGUCGUGCAUUGGACAUAGUUAUGUCAUCAUACAUUGCUCACAAAAGACCGAGCAUAUCUGUCGGAGUGUUGCAAGAAUUGAUAAGACGGGGAGGAAUCAGGACUGCUGUAGCUGGUAGAGAAGUCAAGACAUUGUUACCGCUACUCAACUUCUUGAUAAAGUACAUUCGUCACCCUGGAUAUAAACAAGUCCUCAUAGAUGUGGUCAAUGUCGUUAUUGAUGUGUAUGGGGAUACACUGGAUGAGAAUCCAGCUCUAGUCAGGCAGUUCACACGGUUGAAGGAUGAGGUUGCUGCGGAAGUGCGUCUAAGUCGUGAACACGUUUCACUGAUGGGUGCUAUUCAAAUCUUCCUCACGGCAUCAAAUCCAGAAAGAGCUCCAACCACAACCAGUAUUCAACAGUUAACAGCAACAUCAUCUGUGUGUAAUAGUGAUGUGCAUAAAGCUCUACACCCAUCUUCGUCAGCUAAAUCUGCUGCAGCAGUUGUUGUAGAUGUUAGCUGAAAGGGUUUUUGUAAUAAAAAAUAUAUGCUCA